GCUUGUUCCUCUCGAGCGGCAGUCUGACAUCCACUACCCCUCCCGGGGCCUCCUCCUCCUCCUCCUUACGCCUUGCUCUCGAUUAGUCAGACUUUAGAUCAAAGUUCUCAUAUCAGACCCUUCCUGCCACCUUGAUCCUUGGUGGGCGUUCAAUUGCAUCUCACUCCCCCGUACAUGUUUCAACUUUUUCUGGCUUGUUCGAUGCAAAGAUGUCUCGUCAACCUAGCUUGCGACCCAAGUCUUACAUUCCUGGUUAUCCAGAUGCCAUGUAUAAUCUUGCUGCGGUGACCACCUUGAAACAGCUUGAGUCCCGCGUGGGGUUGGCAGACGAGAAGCAUGAGCAGCGUGUUUUUCGAGUCAAGCGCAAGCAUGUCUUGAAGGCAUGCGAUCGUUGCAGAGUCAAGAAGACCAAGUGUGAUGGGAAACAGCCAUGCAACCGUUGUUCUGCGUACAACCAUCCAUGUCUCUUUCGGGAGAGGAAGGCUACGCAAACCAAAGUAUACUCACGAGGAUUCGUUGAAAUGCUCGAGUCGCAUCACUCUCUGGUGGUCAAAGCACUUCAGCGGCUUUAUAAGCUUUGCGUCAACAAGGAGGACUUCCCUGGGGAGCCACUGCAGGACGCACCCGACGGUUAUCCUCUGACGCACGCUAUUCUAGACCGGUUAGGUCUAAUCAAGCAAGCCGAGGAAAAUGCGGACGAGCCGGAGGAAGAAUCCGAAGACCUCCAGUACUUACGAUUUCUGUCAACCUCGACUGAUAGUAGCGCCACAACAGAUCCAUCACCCGAACCUGCCACCCCUCCUGAGCCUUCACCAAGUGAUUGUAGUCCCGUGCUCGCUUCGCCCAAAUGCAGCGACCCGUGGAGAUGGGACAUGCAGCCAGUUCAGAAUAUCCACUCAGGGGCGUAUCAGAGCUAUCAAACACACACAGGUUAUCAGACUAUGGCAUUCCCUCGCCCACAUUUGGAACCCAUGGCCCUUGCAUGCGAACUGAAGUGCACGGAUACUGGGCCAUCGAUGACUGCUCAUGAGCAGCCAUGUUACUACUAUGUUGGUACCGACUCUGGCGCAGAAUCCAGCAAGAGCUCCGGGCUGCCGGUCGGCCUAAUGCAGCAACAACCUGUAAUUAGAUCCGGCAUGUCCGUGAGCCUGAUGGGUGAUUAUGCCUUGCACGUCCCUGAACAGCACGCUAUCUAUCCACCUCCUGCGACCAGCUGGUCAUAUCGUUGUGAUUAGCAUAGCGGAUAAUCAUAGAACCUGGGCACUCUGUCAAAUCCCUGUCCCUCGUACUAGUGUACACCUUUCAUCUCGUGAUGUAACUGCACAGAGACAGGGUGAAAGCCACUCUGCCCAUCAUCUAUUUCUCAAUGACUGUGUCGCUUUGCUUAUCUUGAAGAUCUCAUUUGCAGCAUGGUGUUUACGAUCACGUUCAUAUACCCCAAGUCAGUUGUUAUUUCUACGACGUGGGAUGGCUAUAUACUCUGACUACAACAGGAAUCU